ACAUAUUUAUAGCUAUCAUUUUUUUCUUCUUUAAAAACAAAAAGUUCCAACAAACAAAGGGGAGAGGACCAAUGGUUGCAAUGCAACAUUUAGUUAUGUUGACUAUCUUGAUCAAUAGUUUUUCAUACCAAAUGACUAUGUGUGCAGUAUGACAAUCACUCUGUUCUACCAAUUACUUAUAAGGUAGACUAUGUGAAAAUAUUUCUAAGAAACAAUUUGGUUACAUUUAUUUAACAAAUUUGAUUAGCACAUUUCUAGAAUAGAAGAAGAGUCCCGAUGCAGAGUCUGCUCUUCAAGUACAACAUUAUUUGUCGUUUUUCAACAAAUUAUUUUGCAUUCACGUACAUUCCCUUUCAAUCACAUGAAAACUGAAUGUAAUUUAGAGAGAUAAUUAAGAAAUACGCAGCUCAACAUGAAUGCUUAGAGCAUGGGACAUUUCAUUAUGUUCAAAAAUGUGGAGCUUAUUCAAGGACCCAUUGAAACACUUUUUUUACAGAGUUUCAGGAACUGUGAUUGCAAAGAGACUGCUAUUUGAGAAAAGUCAGCCAACUCCCUUGAAAUCCACAGUGUGGCAUUUCUGAAACUCAACUCUGAUUGGUCCGGGAACAUCUGGUGUAAGAGCUCAGCCCAUUUUCUCCUGACUGAGAGAACUGUUUUGGAAUUUUUACAGCUUGAAGUUCCAUUAAACUCCCAAAUCCGCACCCGCAUGCACACACCACACUUUCAUAGUUCUGCUCUUCGUUGGUCAGCAUGAAUUAUUCACUGGGAUUUCUGCUCUGUGUGGCACUUCUGCACCAGACUGCGAAGGCCGUCCAUAUGGAUAAACUAGCAGAUAACAAGAUCUGUGGAGAUGCAGAAUGCUCACAUGUUCUCUCCAUGGCCACAGCCUUAGAUGACUUCACAGCUCCUGACUGCAGGUUUAUCAACAUUAAGAUGGGUCAGAAGGUCUAUGUGUAUUCUAAACUCAUUCCAGAGGAGGGCGCCGGAGUCUUCUGGUCUGGGAGUGUUUACAGCGAGCGGUAUAUGCACCAGAUGGGCGUGAUUGGAUACUUUCCUGCAACAGUGGUAAAGGAGACACAGACGUUUACAGAAGACGAGGUUAAGAUUCCCACAACUAACAUGGACUUCUACUGUGAAUAAGACACGGCAGACUGAAGUGUGGCUUUUUGUGGCAAAGUGUCAGGUAGCCAGGUAGUCACACCACGUAUCAGUACAUCCCGUGGUGUUGUCUCCAACUGGAACAAAAGCCUGACCACUCUCAGCCC